AUGCUCACCCCAGGGAAGCGGCUCAUCCUGUGUUUGGAUGGCACGUGGGUCAAUAGCGACCAGGGCUACAACCGGCCGACCCUGGACCAGCCAAAUGCCACUCUGCAGGUCCCAACAAAUGUCACGCGAGUCUAUCGCGCACUGAAGAAAAGGGACUCGGCCGGCUGGAUCCAGGUCAUGUACUAUCAUCCCGGCGUUGGUACUAGCGGAGGUAUCGUGGAUGCACUUGCUGGUGGAAUCUUUGGUGCUGGCGUUCCUGAAGAUAUUAGGGAAGCGUAUAAUUUCGCGGCAACAAAUUACGAGCCCGGUGAUGAAAUUAUUCUGCUGGGCUUUUCCCGUGGUUCAUUCACCGCACGUAGUGUUGCAGGCCUCAUCACCGAGAUUGGUCUCCUCACUUCUAAGGGAAUGGAGUACCUCUACCCGAUCUUCAAAGAUUCAGAGAACUUUAGGAAUCCCGACUACAAGGACAAGUUUCCCACUGUACCAUUCUCUCACAAGCCACAAUCACGGAAGGAAUACAAACGUCGGCUUGAAGAGGAGGGAUUCACGCGAGUGUAUGACCCUGAUGGGUAUCCCAUCACAGUUCGUUGUGUCGCGGUCUGGGAAACAGUUGGAAGUCUAGGUUUGUCCAUCGUCCCUCUCAACCAGAAAUUCACAAUGCUGAUUGUGAAUAGAUUCUACGACACAUCUCUGUCAAACGGAAUUGAAUACGCCUUCCAAGCACUCGCCCUGGACGAAGAUCGCCCUUCCUUUGCCCCAGCAGUAUGGGAACGGCCACCUCAAGUCCGCACCGAUCUCCGACAGGUCUGGUUCUGCGGAGCCCACUCCAAUGUCGGAGGCGGCCUCCCCGACCAAGAACUCGCCAACAUCACCAUGGCCUGGAUGAUGGACCAACUCACCUCUAUAGGCGUAGCCUUCGAAGAAGACACGAUCGACAAAAUCUUCGUACAAAGCGUCCGCUACUACUACAAUUAUCAUCAAGAGGCAAGGCCCGCAUCCGAGAACUCCAAACGCAAGCGACUGACCAAAUGGGCCAUUCCUUCUAUCUACUAUGCACACAGACCGGUUCGACCUUGGGGUCUGGGUGAGAUCAUUGACCCUGUCACAGGAAUCUAUCACCUUGCUGGCAGGAUGACUCGUACACCCGGCAUGUAUCAUUAUACCGAUCCUGACACCGGGCUUCCUACUUCAGAAUUCUUGGAGAAUACAAACGAGCGGAUUCAUCGAAGUGUUCGAAUUCGACUUUCUCUUGAGGGUCUAGGAUAUGACGAUAAAGAGCUGUACAAGUGCCGUGCGUUGCUUAAGAAAGGACCUUGGCAGCUCAAGCGAAUGCGUGUUGUAUCUCGUCGCCAUGUUGAAGAUUCCUAUGGAGAUGAGGAGACCGUGGAAGAGGAUCAAGAUCGAUGGGGAUGGGUGUAUAAUGGACCUAAAGAAGAUGAGCCGCCGGAAACGCUUAUGAUGGAGGAGCCGCUGGGUCCGUUUGAAGAUCAAUUGCUUCGGUUCAGCAAAGGCCGGGCAUUCUACAAAUCUCUUCUUGCGGAGAGCCAACGAUAA